GAUGGGCGGAGGGGAUGUGAGAGGGGGCUCCCACCAAGCAUAACUGGAUUCCUAGGGGUCUGGGAGACUGGGUGAUGGGGACCUGGGGACAAUUGGAGACAGCUGGCUGUGGGGCAGUGGGGGGUGGGGUGAGUGCAGUGAACUCCUGUUCCAGUUCCGAGUGGCCUGGAACUCCCCUCUCCACCCACCCCCCAACUUCAUUCCUUCAGAGGCUUCGUACCAUGCCCUCUGGAGGAAAGAAGGUGUGAUUUGGGCUGAUGAUGGAGGCCAGUAUAUUAGAGGAGUAGGACCCCGUGAUCCCAGUGGAUCUCAGGGCAAUUUAGGGACAUGCGUUGAGUCCAGGGUAGCACCGAGUGCUGGGGAGAGCUCGGGGGGCAGCUCCCCGCUUUCUUGGCAGAGCCCCAGACUGAAGUAACCUUAAAAAAGCAAUUAAAUCACCUUUUAAAAAAUACCCAGUAAAGAAAAAUCAAUACUAGGAGAAAGGGGGGUAGGCUGGGUGAGGAGGAGGUGGGGCGGAAGCACUAAAGGGUCUGGGAGUCUAGCAGGGAGGGCAGAGCAUGGCAGGGGGCUGCCCGGGUAGGGGGCACUGUCUGUGGUCACUUGGAGGCUCUGAGGGCUAACUCAGCGGCUGCUUCCCGUGCCUUCCCCGCUUUUUCCCUCUGGGACGCUGCCGGCCCUAGCCCUGACCCCAGGGGCCUCCUCUUCCCAGCUGGGGGGAGACUGCUUGUGGGGGAAGCCCAGCCGUAGGGGCACCCCCCCAGAAGCUACUUUGAGGAGAGGCUGGGGACCACCCCAGCAGGGUGCCACACGUGGCCGGGGCUCGGGGCUGCUGGGCUCCAUGCUGGGGUGACCGGUGACUGAUGAGGCCUGACCUGGCCUCGCAGCCAAGGUGGGCAGUGACAUAUUCCCUGCUCCCCAGGGUAGCCGUCCCUAGGCCCCUCCUCUCGGUCCAGGCGGGGGCUGUGACUGGCGGGGCAGUCCUGAUGCAGGGGAGGGGUGGCCUCUGGGCAGCGGGUGGACCUGGGGCUCUAAUCCCCAGCAGCUGCCGUUUCCCUCAGAUCGAUUCCCUUCUCACUUUUUUUUCAGCUGCUGGUUCCGCGGCUCGGAUCGAUGGAGCCGCCUCCCCCGCCCCUCUGAGCUUCCUCUCCCUGCUGCUCAUUAGCGCCCCGAUUAAGCAGCCCCCCCUUUCAUCUGGGGGACAAGUGCUUCCUCCCCCGGGAGGGCUCACGUUCUCACACGGGCCCCCCCCUACCCCGCCCCCCCCUCCCCUCCCCCUCCCCGGCCCAGAACACAAGCUGCUCACUGUGACCACUCCACCCUGGGAGCACCAAGGCAUUUCCUCCUGGGCUGCCAACUGGGGACCCACCCUGCCUGUGAGAACAACCCACGUGCCUGCUUCCCCUCCGGACACACGCAGGGGCUGACAGCUGUGCUGGUGCUGAUAAGGAAGCCACAAGGAGCCGAUCGAGGAGAGAGACAAGCAGCAGCUGAGGCAGCGGCGGCAGGGCUGAGGAGCUGCUGGGAGUGGGAGUGACUCCCCCACCUCGGGCCCCCACCCCGUCCCUGUCCUCCUCCUGCUUGCCCUGAGUUUCGAAGAGCGGCCACUGCCACCGCCGCCACUCCGGAGGGCACUGGGGGGGGGCCACUGGCCAGGGAGGGACAGGGGCAGGGAGGCUCCGGCCACAGUCCCAGCAGCCGGGGACAGAUGCCGAUCGAGAUUGUGUGCAAAAUCAAAUUUGCAGAGGAGGAUGCGAAACCCAAGGAGAAGGAGGCAGGGGAUGAGCAAAGCCUCCUGGGGCCUGCACAGGGGACAGCAGCCCCCCGGGACCUGGCCACCUUUGCCAGCACCAGCACUCUGCACGGCCUGGGCCGGGCCUGUGGCCCGGGCCCCCACGGACUGCGCAGAACCCUGUGGGCACUGGCCCUACUCACCUCGCUGGCCGCCUUUCUGUACCAGGCUGCCGGCCUGGCCCGGGGCUACCUGACCCGGCCUCACCUGGUGGCAAUGGACCCUGCCGCCCCAGCCCCAGUGGCGGGCUUCCCGGCGGUCACCCUCUGCAACAUCAACCGCUUCCGGCACUCGGCCCUCAGCGACGCCGACAUCUUCCACCUGGCCAACCUGACAGGGCUGCCCCCCAAAGACCGGGACGGGCACCGCGCCGCUGGCCUGCGCUACCCGGAGCCUGACAUGGUAGACAUCCUCAACCGCACUGGCCACCAGCUUGCCGACAUGCUCAAGAGCUGCAACUUCAGUGGGCAUCACUGUUCCGCCAGCAACUUCUCCGUGGUCUAUACUCGCUACGGGAAGUGUUACACCUUCAACGCAGAUCCACAGAGUUCGCUGCCCAGUCGGGCAGGGGGCAUGGGCAGUGGCCUGGAGAUCAUGUUGGACAUCCAGCAGGAGGAAUACCUGCCCAUCUGGAGAGAGACAAACGAGACAUCGUUUGAGGCUGGCAUCCGAGUGCAGAUCCACAGCCAAGAGGAGCCCCCCUACAUCCACCAGUUGGGCUUCGGUGUGUCCCCAGGCUUCCAAACCUUCGUGUCCUGCCAGGAACAGCGGCUGACCUAUCUGCCCCAGCCCUGGGGCAACUGCCGGGCGGAGAGCGGGCUCCGGGAGCCUGAGCUUCAGGGCUACUCAGCCUACAGCGUGUCUGCCUGCCGGCUGCGCUGUGAGAAGGAGGCCGUGCUUCAGCGCUGCCGGUGCCGGAUGGUGCACAUGCCAGGCAAUGAGACCAUCUGCCCGCCAAAUAUCUACAUCGAGUGUGCCGACCACACACUGGACUCCUUGGGUGGGGGCUCCGAGGGCCCGUGUUUCUGCCCUACUCCCUGCAACCUGACUCGCUACGGGAAAGAAAUCUCCAUGGUCAGGAUCCCCAACAGGGGCUCAGCCCGGUACCUGGCAAGAAAGUACAACCGCAAUGAGACCUACAUCCGGGAGAACUUCCUGGUCCUCGAUGUCUUUUUUGAAGCCCUGACCUCUGAGGCCAUGGAGCAGAGAGCAGCCUAUGGCCUGUCAGCCCUGCUGGGAGACCUCGGGGGACAGAUGGGUCUAUUCAUCGGGGCCAGCAUCCUCACACUACUGGAGAUCCUGGACUACAUCUAUGAGGUGUCCUGGCACCGACUGAAGCGGGCGUGGCGUCGUCCCAAGCCCCCCCUGCGGACCUCCACUGGGGGCAUCUCCACCCUGGGGCUGCAGGAGCUGAAGGAGCAGAGCCCAUGCCCCAGCCGGGGCCGUGCUGAGGGCGGGGGAGCCAGCGGCCUGCUCCCCAACCACCACCACCCUCCUGGCCCCCGAGGAGGCCUCUUUGAAGACUUUGCUUGCUAGGAUGGUGCUGUGUCUAAAAAGACCCAGGAGUCUGGGACCCCUCCCAGGAUCCCCAAGUCUCCUCCUGCUCCUGGGACACAAGGCCUGGGGGCAGCCCAAGGGGAGGGGGAGAGGGCAGUGCUCGCUGGGAGGGUGGGGACUCGGUUCAGGCUCUCACCAGCUCUGGUGCCAGUGGCUUUGCACAAGGGUCCUUCUGGUCCACCCUCCCACCCCCCCCACCCCCAAGCCCCAGGCUGGUGCCCGGGGAGGGCUGGAGGGGAGGGGAGGAAAGGAGCA